UGAAGCAGGAGGGGCUGCGCUUCGUGGAGCAGGAGCUGCAGAACAUCACGGUGUCAGACCUGCACGGGAAGGAGGGACAGUUCCACUACAACAUCAGCCACUACGACAUCGGGUCCAUCAAUGCCUCCGCGGAUGGUGUCCACAUCCACACAGUGCUGCAGCUGGCCAAGGACGAGGCCGGGCGCCUCAAGAUCUCCAACAUCACCUGCAAUGCCUCCAUUGUCAGGAUGCAUGCAGGCUUAUCCCNGUCCUGCAGGAAGGUCUACGAGUUCCUGAGCACCUUCAUUGUCACAGGGAUGCGCUUCCUCCUCAGCCAGCAGAUCUGCCCGUCGCUGGAGCAUGCCAGCCUGGUGCUGCUCAACUCCGUGCUGGACACGGUGCCGGUGAGGAACUAUGUGGAUGAGCAUAUUGGGAUUGACUACUCCCUCCUGCGGGAUCCGGCUGUCUCCAUGGACACUCUUGACCUAGACUUCAAGGGCAUGUUCUUCCCACGUGCAAAAGAGAACCAGGAGCUGGAGAACCACGCGGUGGAGCCGGUGAUCAAGGAGACCGAGCGCAUGGUCUAUGUUGCCUUCUCCGAGUACUUCUUCGACUCGGCCAUGCAUGCGUACUUCCAGGCGGGUGUGCUGGCCAUCGAGCUCCAGGGGGAGAAGGUGCCCAAGGACCUGGAUGUUUUGCUGAGAGCCACCUUCUUCGGGACCAUCUUCAUGCUGACCCACUGUGGAUGCACGCUGCGGCUGGUGCUGCAGGUCUCAGCUCCCCCCCGCUGCAUCAUCAAACCCUCUGGCACCUCUGUCUCCGUCUCUGCCUUCCUCAACAUCUCACUGGUGCCGCCGGGCCGCCCAGCUGUGCAGCUCUCCAGCAUGGCCAUG